AUCCCAUUUCUGCUUUCAUCCAUUUGUGUCUCUCUUUUUGGUUAAUCUGUUACUUUUUUUAAUCUUCAUCGUUAAGUACUUUUAUUUUUUGUUGAUACAAAAUAAAUUAGUGGUUCACUUUGUUAUACCUUGAUUUUCUUGUUCCGUUUCAUCAUGGCGAUGUCCUAUUUGGAGCAUUUCUUAGAAAUUGCUCGUAUAUACUCCCAUAUCAUUGGCAAAAUAGGUCUGGAUUCCUUGCCCGCGGAUCUACAACGAAAUUUUACUCUCAUGAGAGACUUGGACAUGCGAACUCAAGAACUAAUCAGGAAGAUAAAUAGUGUUUCAGAAAGCUACUUGGUUAACGUGAACGAACUCAAUCAGCGAGAAAAAAAUGACACUUUCAAAGAAAUUCGAAAUAAAUUUGCUGAAGCCAGAUCAUUGAGUGACGAUAAAGUGCAGUUAUCAGUGGCUACCUAUGAAAUGAUUGAUAAACAUAUUCGCAGAUUAGACAAUGAAUUGACAAAAUUGGAAGCAGAACUGAAGGAAAAAAUUUUGUUUAAAUCUUCUGGAAAUAACAUGGAAGGAGGAAAGAAGAGAGGGAAAAAUAAUUUAUCCAAAGGAAAAAAUAAAGUAUCACUAAGUAAAAAGAAUGUGUUAAAAGACAAGACCGAAAAAGGUCGUAAAAAACAAAAACUAUCUGCCGAUCCAGCACUUGCUAUGGGAGUAAUUGGAACCGAAACGUCCAUAUUAGCCACAAUUACUGGGAGCACCGAUGUCCUAGAUAUGCCUGUUGAUCCUAAUGAACCUACAUAUUGUAUAUGUCACCAAGUUUCUUAUGGUGAAAUGAUUGGUUGUGAUAAUCCUGACUGUCCUAUUGAAUGGUUCCACUUUGCAUGUGUAGGAUUAGCUACCAAACCAAAAGGAAAAUGGUUUUGCCCCAAGUGCUCACACGAACGAAAAAAGAGAUAAUCUUUCUAUUUUAAAGGCCUUAGCAUGCAGCAAUUUUAUCACAAUUGUUUUAUUCCAUCAUUUGCUCUCUUUUUUCUCUCUCACUCUCAUCAACGUCAAUGAAAUUCAUCUGAAUAAUUUCCCUAUCAGCUUUUCACCAUCAAAAAUCACUUAUUUUCAUCUCAUACCUCCAUUCACAUUCAGCUUGUUCAGACCAACCAUCUCUUCAUUCAUUUUUACCUUGUUUUAUUAUACCUCACCAAUAUCAACCUCAUUAUCAUCAUAGUCAUCGUACUCAUAAUCUUCUCUGUCAUCUCAUCAUUUCUUUUUAAGUAGAACUUACAAGCAUUGGAGAAAUAGCUGCACCCGUGGAUGCUUGAUAAUUAAACUCUUACUGAUUAGUUGCAUCUUUCAUUAGAUGAAUUAAUAGAUGAAACUUGAAUUUGAUAUUGAAAAUUAUUUUAAUUGAUGUUGAAAUAAAUUCAACCAAUGCUAAAAGCAUAAUUUUGCCUGUCACAUAGGUCAACUAAUUGCUAUGUGAUAUUUUAAUUUCUCCUGUAUUUAACUGUUUUAUCGUUAUUUUCUUGAAAAUGAAUCUAAAUUUUGAUUCUGACUUCUCAAUGAUCUUUAUUGAGAUCAUGUUCUGUGACUAAUUGUGCAGUCUUCAUCAUUUUGUAAAAGUAUUAGUAAUAAAUUAUUCAGACUCUACUCAAGAAUAAAAAUUUUUAAAGUUCA